UUCAGCACAACCUUCCUCUGAGGUACGACCACUGCAAGCAAAAUGGCAGCUUCGCAGGAGAGAGUGGUGCUUGGCAGGGAGCAUGAGACCGAUAUCCCUAUCCUCUUCUUUCACCAUUGUCCUCUCCUCUUCCAAUAGUAUCGGGAUGCGAAUGCGGUGCUCGACAAAUGAAGCCGAAGUUGAAGACGAAGACGAAGACGAAGACGAAGACGAAGACGAAGACGAAGACGAAGAUGAAGACGAAGACAAUGGCGGAAACUGAUCAGACAUCGCGCUACAACUUCGGCAGAUCCCCAUGCCCGGUUCUGGUCCCGUCCGCCGUGCUCGGAGUGUCGGCAGCCCGGCGAGUAUCGGCAGGUGAGGGUCACGCAAUGAACCCAUCCCAGGACAGAGCGACGAGAACCCAGCUGGUCUUCGUUGGACUCCGAGACUUGCGACGGCCGACAACGAUAGAUGAGAACAGGAUAUCAAUGGCGGCAGCAGCCCGCUCUAGCCGAUCAUCGAUGUCGGACCUGCAGGUAGAUGACAACAGGAGAUUGAUGGCGGCAGCAGCUGCUGCUGCCGCGACAGCAGCUGCAGCAGCAGCAUCAGCAGCGGCGUCUGCAGCAGCAACGGCAGCAGAAGAAUCAGCACAAGAAGCAGGUGAAGGGGGAGGAGGAGGAGGAAGAGGAGGUGGCGGAGGAGAAGGAAUAAGAGAAAUUAUAGGAGGAGGAGAAAGAAGAAGACGAAGAGGAAGAGGAGAAGGAGAUGUGUUGGACGGUUCCAGCUCACGAUCUUUCGCUGCUAGACCGCUUGAGGAAGACAGUUGUAGCGAUUAUUUGUCGGAUCAUUCAACGAGUUCGAAUCGGCAAUCUCUGCUGCUUUCCGCUUCCAAGCCAGUGGCAAGUGGUUGCUUUUGGUCUAUCCUUAACCCACAUAGCAGAUUCGUGCGCAACUGGAACAAGUUUUUUGUCGUCACGUGCUUGACGGGGGUCUUCAUCGAUCCGUUGAUCUUCUUCAUCUUCGGUGUGAAUGGCGAGAUGGGGUGUAUGUUCAUCCGUUGGAGAUACGCGUUGGUACUCACGAUCCUACGGUCCAUAUCAGAUCUGGUACACCUCCUUCACAUCACCCUUCAAUUCCGGAUUGCCUAUGCGGCGAGGCGGCGGGAGGGGACCAGCCGCCCUGUUCUCAUUACAAGUCGGAAGAAGAUCGCCUACCAUUACGUCAAGGGUGGCCUUAUUCUCGAUAUCAUCGCUGUGCUUCCUCUGUUUCAGCCGAGGCUGCCCGCCUACAGGCUGAAGCGGCGGCAGCAGCUGAAAAGCAGCGGCUUCAGGCCGAAGCAGACACAGAUACCCAGGCACGCCUCAAGGAAUCCCAAGAUCUGCUACAGCGAAGCCGCCAGCAUCAAAAAGCUCAAGUUCAGGGAUUUUGAACCAUCCGAGCACCACGAAGAAGCGACACCGGAAGAGCAGCACAAGGAGUUUCUUGCCAAACUCGUGACCCGACUGGUUUACACUUGUAACCACCUACAGUCCGAGCUGGCGAAUCUCCGACAGGCGGUGCGGAACCACAAGUAUCUGCAUGAGGAUGCUACAUGGGCACUUGAUUCCCGUGUACAGGACUUGGAGCAAGUUGCACCAAGACCGGAUGCUGGCGAGUCCAGCAGUGCACCCUCUACCCGCCAAUUGGAGGAACGAGUUGACCAUGUAGUCGCAAUGCUCGGCGACAUCAGCACCUUCGCUGCACCAACCACCAUCAUCAAGCAGGUGGACACCUUGAAGACUGAGGUUCAGCAACUGCACCAGCUGCCCAACAAGGAUGGCAACGCCAGUGCGCAACACUACAAGAUGCCGACAUUCCGCAUCGAAAAGUUCGAUGAUUAUAUGCAUCAAGACCCAGUCCCCUGGUGGAAGGGCUUUACGACGGAACUUCGGAUUCUUUUCGUCCCCGAGCACUCGUACAUGGGCGCGCGGAUGCCAGAUCUGGCUCAGCCACCUUGCAACCAUCCACUGCGCUACUAUCAACGCUUCAUCACCGGGUACUCAAGGAUUGCCACACCUAUGACGAGAUUACAAUUGCCAAAGGUGCCAUUCGUAUUCGAUGACGACGCACGCCGAUCAUUUCAAGCACUCAAGACGGCCAUGCUCAAGGCACCCGUCCUUAGCAUCUAUGACCCCACCUUGCCAACGAGAGUGACAACUGACGCUUUCGACUAUGGCAUUGGGGCAGUCUUGGAACAACACGACGGCGACAACUGGCACCCCGUGGAGUAUUUCAGCCACAAAGUGCCUCCCAUCAAUUCACUUGAUGAUGCAAGGAAGAAGGAGCAACUCGCGUUCGUGAUGGCUCUCAAGCGAUGGCGACACUUCCUCCUUGGGCGUCAUAGGUUCACAUGGGUCACGGACAACAACCCGUUGACCUACUACAAGACGCAGGACACGGUUGUAGGUGCUAUCUGGUACAUGCUGUCAAUAGAGCGCUUAGAUGGUUGCAUGGAGCACAUCUGUGCCCAUGAGGUUGCUUGUGUCAAUGUGUAUCUUGAUUGCCCAAAUGUUGAAGGCCUGGUUGCCAGUAUCACAGAGUACACCCCCAAGAAGCUCGCUGAUCGUGCAAGGUGGUUCAACUCCUCUGUCAUAGUGCAUCAGUGUUUUCAUCAUCGUGCCGGCUUGCUGAUGUUUGCCUUGCUGGUUGGAAACAUGCAGGGCUUUCUGCACUCCUUGAAUAAACGCAAGGACGAGAUGCGGCUGAGAAGGAAAGACAUGGAGAGCUGGAUGCACCACAUGGGUCUUCCAAACGACAUAACAAAGCGUGUGCGUGACUACCAUCGUCACAAGUGGGCGGCCACUAGAGGAGUACCGGAGGAAGAGAUUUUAGAAGAUCUACCAGAAGACCUUCGUUUCGACAUCAGAAGUCAUUUGUGCAUCCCUCUCAUUCGGACGGUCCCAUUGUUUGCCCAGAUGGGUGAACCCCUCCAGAAGGACAUAUGCAGACGGCUAAAGCUGCAGCUGUUCAUGAAGAAAUCCCCUGUGGUACUGCAAGGUGACCCAAUGAACGCCAUGUACUUCCUUCUGAGAGGAUCUGUUGAGGAGAGGACAACCUAUGGCUCCCAACAAUCUUCUGUCGUUGUUGGGCACUUCAAGGAAGGGGAGGUUAUUGGUCUGGAACUUCUGGAUUACUUAUUCAGCAGGAGCCAACUAGGUGAACUUGGCAAUGAUGGUGGCCUAAGCAGAGCAGAGCAGAGCCAACGAGAACAAGAAAGAGGAGGACAAAGAGGAGGAGGAGGAGGACAAAGAAGGGAGGUUCGUGGUGAUAAUGCAAUACCUGUGACGCUGAGAUUCGAGAGCAGGAACAUCAUAACGCAUGGCACUUCAGGAGACGAUGGUCAAGCAGUUGAAAGUGGGCAGUUCCUUUCCCCAUAUACUCUUAUGUCUCUUGAGUUCGUGGAAGCUUUCCGAUUGUCUGCAGAAGACAUAAAGGAUAUCAUUCAAAGUUUCCAAAACGAGGCAUCCCGACUGCAACGAUCCCAACGACAUCAGCAGCGUGCAGCCUUGCGGAGGAGGUCCAUGGCAUGGCAAGUAUGGGCCGCCAUGACCAUUCAAAGAGCCUGGAGAUCGCAUCUCAGAAGACGAAGCUCACAGCUUCUACGCCUACAACGCACCAGUUCGAACACACCCCAGCAGCAGUUACAUCACCGCGUGCAUACCACUGGUCGGCGAUUCAGAAACGAUUAAAUUGCAGUUGAUCUUGUACCCAACUUUCAGCAUUGUGUCUUUCAGAGAGAAACCCCUUUAUUAUUGCCGUGUACACGAGAGUUUGAAUGUUGAAUUCAUGACUGCACCUGAUUAUCAUUCACCAUUGUGUCUUCAGAACGAGGAUCUCCAUCAACUGAUGAGCCCUGGCCCCAAUUUCUUAUCAUGUCCAUCCCAUACCAGUGCCUCGUCGGAUAUGUGUGGGCUCUGGGUUGCAGGGCGUUGUGAUAAAAAAUUGGGAUAUUGCAGCCGUUAUCUGUAAAUGGCAGUUGGUUCUUCAGCGUGAGGAAAAGUCCGAGCAUCCUGAGUGGACGGGCUUCAAAAGUUGUGGAGAUGUCGGCUGGAGAGAAUGCUUUCUGGUAGGGGAUUGACAUCAAAGCUGCCUUCCAUUGUUUUGGGGUUGACAUGUGUGCUGCCUCCCGAGCAAUAGGAUGAGUGGGCGGUUCGGUGGGGAUUGAAUCUCUGCUUUUGAUUGACGGUGGUGGCCGGAUGGAGAACUUGUAGUGUUCCUUGGGCUUGUGCAAUGAAGAGCGAAUGAAGGACAGGUGAAAAG